UACGUUGUUAAAUAUUUGGAAUGUUUAUUCAAAGAAUGAUAGAUUGUUUGAUACGCACAUAAAAUUGUUAUAUUUUUUUUUAAUAUAUAUAAAUUGUAUUUUUCUCUGUUUCUUUCUUUUUCUCUUUUUUACUAAUUAAUUUUAUCAUGAAAAAGAAUCAAUUGUACACGUCUAGGAAUGAGCAGGUAUUACCGACAAAACCAUGUGAUUGUGCGAGCCAAGAUAUAGUAUUCAAUUUAAAGAAAUAUGAUCCCUAUUUCGACAAAAUUCGAGCACUUUUUGUGCCUAGUCUGGAAUAUAGAUUCCAGUCCUUGUUGGAGGCGUUCGUGUAUAACUCAAAUUCUCGAUGGGCUAAGCAGUUUCCAUGUUUCAAGAAAUUCGUUGAUAUGAUAAUUAUGUGGAAGGAUUUUCUGAACAGAGUCGUUGAAUAUGAUAUCAGCACGAUAGAAGAAAUUAUGAAAAAUACUGUCAAAUGCACGAUAAAGGAUGAUUUGAUCACCUGUUUUCUGGAUUCUGUCAUUUUGCAUCAUAGAUUGAAAAAAGUUUGCCGGGAGUUAGAUACAUUGGACAUCGAAGACAAUAUUUUAAAAAACUUGAAUAUGUGGAAUUUUGUCAACGAGCAAGGCUAUUUAGAUCGCAAUUGCUUCAUGAAUUCCAAUACUACUGUUUCAAUGGAUUGUAACAUGAAUUUAAAUACAGUACCUUACAAUACAAAACGAUCAAUCAAGUGUAAAAAAACUGUCAAACCAUUAGCAAAAAAGAUUUAUGAUAGAAGUACGGAACACAUACAAUCAACGACGUCAAAAUAUCAAAAUUUUCUGCAACAUAAAGAAGAUAAUUCCAAUUAUUAUUCUACUUGCGUUGCAACUGGAUCAAUUAGGCAAAAUGUUGAUUAUAGUACUGAUAAAAUAAAUAAAUCUUUUAAUGAGAAAUCGUGCAAUACCGAAUCAAAGAAGAUACGGAAUAAUUUGAAAUUGAAAAUAAUUAUUCAUAAAGUACAAAUAGAAGAUCAUGAAUAUUCGACGUUCUCGAGCGUUAAUAUCACUCGCUUACCUUUACCUUGUAAACCGAGCAAUUUAAUUAGACGAAUUUUUGAAGCUAAUCCAUCUUUAACCGAAUCUUGCUUGAUAGUGAUGAAGCGAAAGUUCGAAGAUAGCAUGUAUAAUGUUUGCUCGUGUCUCAAUAGUGUUAUAGAAAAAUUAAAUAUCAAGUUGACAAAAACGCUAUGUCUUAAUUGCGAAAUAUAUUUUGAAUAUAUCAGUUUCAAAUUAAAAGCCCCCAAUAUAAAAAAAUAUCUUUUCGUUGCAAGAGUACCGAUUUGCCAGAGUGUUCAUAAAUGUAUGGCUCAAGAAGAUUUCUCUAUUUUGUCUUCAAAGUCAAGUACUGAACUUAACAAAUUAAAAUGUUUUACACAAUGUACAGAUAAUUGUACGAAUUUCAAUGGUGCACAUGUCGAUACACACGAAAAAGCUGAAAAGCUCGACACGUGCUAUUCACAAUCAGAUGAAGCAGAUCAAAGCUUUAUAAAAAACACAGCGAUAGAUACAGCGCAAAAUAAAACAGAAAAUAAUAAUGAAAAUAGUUCGAGAUAUGUUCAAAAUUUUGUAAAUUUCUCUUGUAAUGAUCCUUGCAAAGAUAAUGUUGAAGAAAUAUAUAAUAUGACGUCAUGCGUUGAUAAUUCUGUUGAAAGAAAUCGAGAAUACUGCACAAUUUUAAAUUCAAUGGAUAUCAAUUAUGACGAUGAUGUAAAAAAGUGUAGAAAAGAGGUUCUCGAAUCGAAUAAUUUAAUUAUAAGAAAUGAUAUAUUCACGCAAUUAGUAAAUAAUGCAAACUGCACAUGUUCAUUAUACGAAAACUUUAUAGAAACAAACAAUGAAAUUGAAGACAUUUUUAGUAACAAAGAUUUGGACAGUUUCUCACAGACCACAGGCACUAACGAAUGCGAUUGUUUGUCGAAUAAAAAACCAAAUUUAGAAAACGAAAUUUGUAACAAUUAUAAUGAAUGCGGUAAUACAUUAUUAGUACAAAAUUCUGAAUAUAAUAAUGCAAAUUGUACAUGUAUAUCAUACGAAAAUUUUAUCGAAACAAACAGUGAAAUUGAAGAUACUUUUAAUAAAAUAAAGACAAACAAAGAUUUGGACAAUUUUUCGCAAACCACAGGCAUCAGCGAACACGAUUGUUUGUUGAACAAAAAAUCGAAUUCAAAAAUCGAAUUGGAAAAUGAAAUUUGUACAAAUACUACUAGAUGUAGUAUUACAUCAUUCGUACAAAAUUCAGAGUAUGAUAAACAAUUAGUAGAAUUAAAUUAUAAUCGUUUCUCGAACAAUAUUAAUAGAAUCGAUAAACACUUCGAUACAGAAGAAAAUGAUAGCUUAUUAAAUUCGGCAAAAGUAGAAAUUGGAUGUAACUCAUGUUGUUCUUGUCGAUGCAAUGAUUUUAUAGAUAUGACAGUCACCGAUGAUAUUUUAAGAAAAAAUAUUUGUGCUUUUGAAACAUCUCAAAAUAAUAUUGAUGCAAUAACAGCUCGAAGUACGGAUUAUUCUAAGAUAGUGCAGGUAUCGUCCAGAAGCAACAAUGUCGAUUCGCUAACAAUGUCGAUUCAAAUGCCUAGAUCAAAGAUAUUAUCGAAAGAAAUCAAUGUAGAUACAUUUUAUCCACAAUCAAUUUGGUUGACAUCUGAAAAUGAUAAAAAUAUACCUAUCAAGGAAACAAGCGAUGGAUGCAAUAAAAUAGCAAAUCUUUCUACGCAUACUUUAAUUGUUUCUAAAAAAAGAAAUCAAUUUUUUCCUGAUAUAAAUAAGGAAAUGUUAGAUGUAAAAGAUGGAACGCAAAAUUUUGUUAUAUCACCAGAAAGAUUUUCCGUGUCGAAAGGAAGAUUCCGAUCCAAUGGAGAUUCAAGAAGUUCCGAUAUCUCGACAGGAGAAUAUCUACGUUCAAAAAAUCACUCGAUAUCCAAUGCAUCGCUAUAUUGUCGUUCGUUCGUAACGACAAGUGAAUUUGCGAUGAGCGAUAGGCGAGAUAAAUUUCAAAAAUCAAUGUUUUGCGGACGCAGGUGCAUGACAUCAGUGAACGGUAUUCAUAACAUAACUUCGACAACAAUCAAACACAGAACAGCAUCUCGUAGAUACCCAAAUAAUUAUUCCAGGGAAAUACGACCACAAGUGGUACUCGCGAUAACAAAGUUUCGUAAUUCCAUCGACAAAUCUAUCGAUAGAAUAAGACGUUUGAUUCGUGAAAAGCUGAAAAGAAUAUUGUUUAACAAUAAAAUAAGAUAUAAUAAUAAAAUAACUAAAACUUUUUGGAAAACUAAAGAAUCUUCUGAAGAUACCAGAAAGAAAGAGACAAGUGACAAAUGUGAUCACAGCAUAACUUCAUGCUCAACUUAUGAUUGCUGCAAGCGAAACUAUACCACAUCUUCUUGUAAAUCUUCAAAUGUGAUUUUAUCAAUCAAUAAGACAAAGGAAAAAAAAAGAUGUGAAGAAAACAUAAAGUUUUGUGAUCACAGAUUGAAAAAUGAUGACAAUAAGGCCUUAUUAAGUUUUCGUUCGAGUAAACCUUCUCUGCAGUGGUCUCACGAUUUGUUAACUUCUACAACUGAAGACAUAGAAAAGCAAAAAUUAAAUAGAAAUAAUCGAAUACGAUAUGACAAAAAGAAAGAAAUUGGCAACAUUAUGAAUUACAUCAGAAACUCUCAUCGAUACGACUCGAAAAAUUCGGAAACAAGUAUAACAAUUUCUUUGCAAUCGACCAAAGCGUUUCUUACGGAGAGUGAUUCGAAAUAUUUUGGACAUACCACAUAUAAACAGCAAGAAAAGACAUAUGAUAAUAAGCGAAUUCCUAAGCAAAUGCAUAACCAAGAUCAUCGUGAAAAAGACCAAAUGCGAUGCGAGUAUGAACAAUGCAGGACCAGAAACAAAUAUCGAGAUAUACCAAUUAAAUAUUUUAACGUCAAUAGCAAUGAAUCUUUUAAAACAUCGUUAUCACAUUCUUGGAGGAAAAAUACUAGAAAUACACAUAAACAACUUUACGAUAUAUCGGAACUAAACAAAGUAAAGAAAAUUGCAUGUUCAUGUUCAAGAAAGAAUAAACAAAUAUUUGAGAAAGAUAUAUCCGAUCAUUCCAAUGAUAGUUUACGAUCUAACGCUAAUCUACGCAAGAGACAUGCCUUCGCGAUUUUAACUGAUGCCUGCAAUGAUUACAUAGACGACCUCGAUUUAGAUUUCAAGUUGAGAUUGUUGCGAUAUGUAGAAUUAUGCAAAAGCAUCAAACAUUCGUUGAUAAGGACGUUACAACCGGACGAUACUUAUGAAAUUAGCACGGUAUCAAUUUCUGGUAGCGAUUUGUGAAAGUUUGAUGUACAUAUUAUGAUGUUGUUUUAAAUUAAUAUCGCGAAACGCUAUAAAAUAAUAGCGUUAAUAUGUCACAUA